UGCUUUUGCUUGACGUUUUGCAGCGGGAAUGUAGAAAGAAAUCUCGUUUGUGAUUAAAAGUGAUUGUAAGUGUGCGAUACGCGGCCUUAUAAAUAAAAAUCUGCUAUCACGAUGCCGCCGAGUAGCUUGCGAGUGGUCUACGCGUUCGCCAGGGAAAUGCAUCCGAAAACGACCGAUGUCUUUAUCGAGUAUGGCACGGCUGGAUUCCGCACAAAAGCCAGCCUACUGGAACAUGUGGUGUACCGCAUGGGUUUGCUCGCUGUUAUCCGCUCAAGAGUCAAAAAUGGUCGCACAAUAGGUAUAAUGAUCACAGCCUCCCAUAACCUGGAGCCUGACAAUGGAGUGAAACUCAUUGACCCCGAGGGAGAAAUGCUGGAACAGAGCUGGGAGGAAAUCGCCACGAGGCUCGCCAAUGUUAGUGACAAUGAUUUGGAAGCGACGACGGUGGAGGUGAUCAAGCAAGUGAACGCUGAUAUGGGACUGAAGGCCAGUGUCUUCAUCGGAAUGGACACAAGAUACACAAGUCCCCGAUUAGCAGCAGCCGCAGUACAUGGAGUGAUGGCAUUAAAAGGCACCGCUAAAGAGUUCGGCAUAGUCACCACUCCCAUCCUCCACUAUUGCGUUCGUUGCAGAAACGAUAACACUUACGGAACUCCUACCGAAGAAGGUAAAAAAUAUGGACCGUACUCUCUUGUCAGUACACCAGGUGAACGAGGUCAGUUGAAUUUGAAUUGCGGCGCAGACUUCGUGAAGGUGUCACAAAAGCCUCCGGUGGGAGUCGAACACGCGCCCUUCCAACGAGUCGCAUCCUUGGACGGCGAUGGCGACCGGCUCGUCUACUACUAUCUCGAUGACAACAACAAAAUGCACCUACUGGACGGCGAUAAAAUCGCAACCCUACUAGCGAGUUACGUCACGCAACUGCUAAAGGCGUGUGAAGCGACAGAUUUGAAACUAGGUCUGGUACAGACCGCAUACGCCAAUGGAGCGUCCACAAAAUACAUUACUGAAGAUCUGAAAGUACCAGUCUCAUGUGUGAAGACAGGUGUAAAGCACCUUCACCACGCAGCGCAGUCUUACGACAUCGGAGUAUACUUCGAAGCCAAUGGACACGGCACGGUACUGUACAGCGAUAAGGCUAAGACUACGAUACGACGCAUCGCGCAAGAAGGUGAACCCGAACAGCGAAAAGCGGCACAACUACUACUAAACUUCAUCGACAUGACUAACGAAACGGUUGGCGACGCCAUUUCUGACCUCUUCCUAGUGGAGACAGUCCUGUGUGCGAGAGGACAGAACGUCAAAGAGUGGAUGGAGGCUUAUACAGACCUCCCGUGCAGGCAACUGAAGGUCACAGUACAGGACCGCAACGCGAUAUCAACAGCUGACGCCGAGCGGCGCUGCACGGCGCCCGAAGGUCUCCAAAGCAGAAUCGAUGAAUUGGUGGCUACUUACAAGAGUGGCAGAUCCUUCGUACGGCCAUCCGGCACUGAAGACGUGGUUAGGGUAUAUGCUGAGGCGGAUACACAAGAGAACGCGGAUAAACUAGCAGCUCAAGUGUCACAGGCAGUUUUCGACCUAGCCGGCGGUGUAGGUGAUAGACCCGUCGCUUAAACAGGCAUUACAUACAUACACUCCAUACAUCGGCAGCUUAUAUACUUCAAAAGGUCUUUAUUUCAAGAAGAUAAACGACCUUGAUGUUAUAAGAACAAAAAUUAUUUAUUAUUAAAUUAAAGGAAAUAUGGAAAAAUUCACACCUUCGGCAGGACUCGAACUUGCGAUCUACUAGAUUGCCGGUCCAGCUGCUCCAACCAACUGAGCCACGGAGGCCUGCUGGAUGUGUGCGAAUUUUUCCAUGCCUUCCCUCAGUCUAAAACUCAAAUGGCGUGAAGUGGCGCAGGAUAGGGCACAGUGGCGAUCUCUUGUCGGAGGCCAAGA